CUGGGACCGAGCCCAAGCCACCGCCGGGGCCUGCGCUUGGCGCCGCUCUGUCUCCUGGUCCCGAGGCUCCCUUUCUUGCCUCCCCAGUCUGGACCUUGCCUCUGGCCACCCCUCUCUCACCUGAAUUAGAGUCCUUCUCCUCAGUUGGCCCAGUGGCUCCGGGGCCCCCCAACUCAGCGUCUACUCGUGGAGCCGUGGCUUCCUGGAGAGCAGCCCUUAGGGCAAGGGCUUCGGUGUGUUUCUCUCUCCAAACUUGAAGAUCCCCUUCCUGUCUUUUCAAAUUUACUGUCAUGGCCCCAAAGCCGGGAAGCGAAUGGUUUACUGUCCUGUCCCACCUGGUGCUGGGAGCGGUGUCUCUGCAUGCGGCCGCCAGCUCUGUGCAGUCAAGUCGAGGGGCUGCUGCUGGCUUCCUGCUCCAGGCUUUGGCUGCUGCCACCAUGCUGGCCCCAGGGCUGAGCCCACAUGAAGACUGUUUUGCUGGAGCCUGGGUGGCGACAGUAAUCGGCCUGCCCCUUCUGGCCUUUGAUUUCCACUGGUGUACUAACGGUCACUUGAUGUGCGCUGGCUGUUUUAUCCACCUACUAGCAGAUGCCCGGCUGAAGGAGGAGCAGGCCACAUGCCCCAACUGUCGUUGUGAGAUCAGUAAGAGCCUCUGCUGCCGAAACCUGGCUGUGGAGAAAGCUGUGAGCGAGCUGCCCUCAGAGUGUGGCUUCUGCCUGCGCCAGUUUCCCCGCUCCCUCUUAGAGAGGCACCAGAAAGAGGAGUGCCAGGACAGGGUGACCCAGUGCAAGUACAAGCGCAUUGGCUGCCCGUGGCACGGCCCCUUCCACGAGCUGACGGUGCAUGAGGCUGCGUGUGCUCACCCAACCAAGACCGGCAAUGAGCUGAUGGAAAUCCUCGAUGAGAUGGACCAGAGCCACCGCAAGGAGAUGCAGCUGUACAACAGCAUCUUUAGCCUGCUGAGCUUUGAGAAGAUUGGCUACACAGAGGUUCAGUUCCGGCCUUACCGCACGGAUGACUUCAUCACGCGCCUAUACUAUGAGACGCCGCGGUUCACGGUGCUGAACCAGACAUGGGUCCUGAAGGCUCGUGUGAAUGACUCGGAGCGCAAUCCCAACCUAUCGUGCAAGCGCACGCUUUCCUUCCAGCUGCUCCUCAAAAGCAAGGUUACAGCACCCUUGGAGUGUUCCUUCCUGCUGCUCAAGGGCCCCUAUGACGAUGUGAGGAUCAGUCCCGUCAUCUACCACUUUGUCUUCACCAAUGAGAGCAAUGAGACGGACUACGUGCCGCUGCCCAUCAUCGACUCCGUGGAGUGCAACAAGCUGCUGGCUGCCAAGAACAUCAACCUGCGGCUUUUCCUAUUCCAAAUACAGAAAUAGGCCGGGCCCAGGAUGCCCAAGGAGCGGAGGGCCAUUGCCAGCACCGCCGUCCCACUCCCCCCUGGCUCGGCAGCGGCUUCACACGACUAUCUGAUCAUUUUAGCAAAGGAGAACAAACCAACCAAGCACUGGGAAAGUCUGCAUGCGUGUGCAACAGGGUCCCUGCCUCCAGCUCACCCCCUUCACCCCUGCCUCUCCCUCCUGCGGGCAGCCAGAGGCUGGGCUGAUCACAGAGGAAACCACUCUGGGCGCCCCAGGCACACAGGGCAGGCGGCAAGGUGGGUAAGAAGCCGGCCGCCUCUGCCCCAGUCCCUACCCUCAGCGAGGUGGGCUGCCUGCUCUGGUUCCCUGGCUGGGCUCAGGGGCCCUCACUGACUUCAGACGGCAUAUUUGAUUGCAAUUAAAAAGGCAGCCUUGUUUCCUA